GAAAAUAUGGAUCAGGAAAAUCUAACGGUCGUGACUGUGUUUUACUUCUCUGAUUUCCCCCAAUUUGAGCAUGGUGGUCUUUUAUUCUUCAUACCUUUGCUCUUUAUUUAUUUGUUUAUCAUCGUUGGAAAUUUUAUGAUCUUCUUUGCUGUUCGGCUAGAUACACGUCUCCACAAUCCCAUGUACAAUUUCAUCAGUGUCUUCUCCUUCCUGGAGAUUUGGUAUACCACAGUGACCAUCCCCAAGAUGCUCUCCAACCUAGUGGGUGAGCAGAAGACCAUCUCCUUCCUUGGCUGCCUUCUACAGAUGUACUUCUUCCACUCACUUGGGGUCACAGAAGCUCUGGUCCUGACAGUGAUGGCCAUUGACAGGUAUAUUGCCAUCUGCAAGCCCCUGCGUUAUGCAGUCAUUAUGACCCCACAGCUGUGCAUCCAGCUCUCUGUUGGCUCUUGCAUCUUUGGCUUCCUUAUGUUACUUCCAGAGAUUGUGUGGAUUUCCACCCUGCCCUUCUGUGGCCCCAACCAAAUCCAUCAACUCUUCUGUGACUUUGAACCUGUGCUGCACUUGGCAUGUACGGAUACAUCCAUGAUUCUAAUUGAGGAUGUGAUCCAUGCUAUUUCCAUUCUGACCUCGGUCUCCAUCAUCACACUUUCUUAUUUAAGGAUCAUUACUGUGAUCCUAAAGAUUCCCUCAGGUGAGAGCCGUCAAAAGGCAUUCUCCACUUGUGCGGCUCACAUUACUAUUUUCUUGCUGUUUUUUGGCAGUGUAGGCCUCAUGUAUUUGCAUUUCUCUGUCACUUUCCCACCGUUAUUGGACAAGGCCAUUGCACUGAUGUUUGCUGUCCUUGCACCGUUUUUCAACCCCAUAAUCUAUAGUCUGAGAAAUAAAGACAUGAAAGAUGCCAUCAAGAAAAUCCUCUGCUCUCAAAAGAUAUUCAGUGUCUCUGGGAAUUAA